CAGAGUCAAUCCUCUCUCUCGCUAUCUCUUUCUUUCACCCUGUCUCUUUCUCUCUCUCUCUCUCUCUCUCUCUUUCUCUCUCUCUCUCUCGCUCUCUCUCUUUCAUCUCUCCUUCCUUUCUCUCUUAUCCUCCCCUCACUCUCUCUUCUCCAGACCCACUGUCUCAGUUUCAUCUUGUGGAUAUACUGUCUAAGGACGGAGGAGAGGAGAAAAGGAUUGGAGAGAAAGUAUCUGCUGAAUGGGUAUGGAAGACCAAGAGACUGAGCUGCCGAUGGUCCCGGAAAUCUGCUUCGAUCCGCUGUUCAUCGACGAGGAAGAUAAGUAUGGGGACGAUGGUGUUGAAGAGGAGACAGGCGCUUCAUUCCAGCCUCUACUGGGAGUUACCGGUACAGACACAGUCCUGACGGGCUCAGCUCACAGUCAGUCCUCCCUAUCGGAUACCUGCAAAGAGACACACCUGGAUGAGACACAAGCCCGGUUCAAGGACAUGGACACCAUGUUUAGAAGUCGUGUCGGAGAAACGACAGACUCUUUUGGGUCUCACCUGUCGACGACGGCCCAAAUUAACACACACCUUAGUGGGUUAGGACAGAUCCAGCCACACCUUAGUGGGUUAGGACAGAUCCAGCCACACCAUAAUGGGUUAGGACAGAUCCAGCCACACCUUAGUGGGUUAGGACAGAUCCAGCCACACCUUAGUGGGGUAGGACAGAUCCAGCCUCACCUUAGUGGGUUAGGACAGAUCCUGCCACACCUUAGUGGGGUAGGACAGAACCAGCCACACCUUAGUGGGUUAGGACAGAUCCAGCCACACCUUAGUGGGUUAGGACAGAACCAGCCACACCUUAGUGGGGUAGGACGGAACAAGCCACACCUUAGUGGGUUAGGACAGAACCAGCCACACCUUAGUGGGUUAGGACAGAACCAGCCACACCUUAGUGGGUUAGGACAGAACCAGCCACACCUUAGUGGGUUAGGACAGAACCAGCCACACCUUAGUGGGGUAGGACAGAUCCAGCCACACCUUAGUGGGGUAGGACAGAUUCAACCACACCUUAGUGGGUUAGGACAGAACAAGCCACACCUUAGUGGGUUAGGACAGAUUCAACCACACCUGAGGGAGAUGGAUGACCUAUUGAAGAGUUGUGAGGACAUGACAGGUGUCUCCAUUGCCUCCUGCCUGUCCACCAUGUACACAGACACACACCUGUCUGGACCAGCUCAGAACCAGAACCAGUCAGACAUACAGAAGAUGGUUGCUAUGAUGGGGAGCUGUGGUGGUAAUGAGUGUCACACAGGUGGAUCCAUCCUGACCUACACAGACACACACGUGGAGGAGUCUAGAAACCUGUGCCAAAGUCACCUGAAGGAGGUGGAAUCCAUUUUGGAUCAGAGUGGAGCCACAGGAGCCGCUGUCCAGCCUCAGUUGCCUCCUCUUACCGCCGCAGGCACUCAACUGAGUGGCACUAUGGCUGAGUAUCAGACCGAGCUAAUGGCGAUGCUGGCCAUGUUAGAGAACUGUAUGGAGGAGGCAGGGAUUACCUUUGACCCUUUAGAGUGGACUUACCCUAGUUUACCCAAAGGAUACGGCCAACCCAACCCCAACAUGAAAAAGGUAACACAAGACAGACACAUGGAGAGAGGAGUAGCAACACAAGGGCACAAGGAGUCUGUGGGAUGUGUGGAUAUGAAGCCAUAUUUGGGAAGUACCUUUGGCCAAUUUGAGCCCCCAAGCUACCAAGCUAUCUCCACAGAAAGACACUCGGAUGAGUUAGGAGACUGUGGAGAUACACACACAAGAGGGUCCAUGUCCACGGUGGUGUGUGACGAGGACACAGAAGGACACAUCUCCGGUGUUUCUGUGGGGGACACAGAGGCUCACAUUAUCUGGGGUCAACAACUAGAGACAGGGCUAGGAGGGGUGGAGAUGAGGGGAUCCGUGCAGGAGUUGGAGGUGCUGGGUACUGCGCUAGAGGGGUGCAUCGAGGAGGUGGAGAAACUGGAGAAGAGACGGAAUGAACUGAUGGGAGAGCUGCAGGCACUGAGAGAGGAGAAGACGGGGACAGAGGAAGGGAGUGAAGGAGGGCAGGCGGCACAGUUAAGCCAGGUGCUGAAUAUUGAGGCAGACGGGAGGAGGGAGGCGCGGAUGAGGGAGUGGCAGUCUUUGAGGGCUGAGAGGAGUGAGGAGGAGAGGAGGCUGUCCAGUGUGCGUCUGGAGAGGCAGGGUCUUCAGGAGGAGAUGAGGAGGCUGAAGAGGAGGCUGUUCUCUGUCGCCAGGGAGUGUGCUCACACCCAGGUCACCCUGGCAACCCAGCAGCGUGAGGUUGCCCUGCUAAAAAAAGAACAGCUGGAACUUGACGCAGUGAUCAUCAAGCUGACUGAGGAGGUGUCUCAGCUUCGCUCCACCCACCAGUCCCAGCUCUCCACUCUGCAGUCCCAGCUCCAGACCCACAGCCAGACACCCAACCCCAUAGAGGAGAUGACCCAGAGCAAGAGGAACUCCUGUGGGGAGUUACAGCAGUACCUACAGGGGGGGCUCAAGGCCCUGGAGGAAAGGUAUGAGCCAAUGCUGCUGGCCCUGUUGAAGCGGAGGGAGGGGACGUCAGAGGCCCUGGUGAAGGCCAGGCAGCAGGCCCAGGAGCUGAGGGCCCGCCGGGGGCCCCUGAGGGAGGAGGGACAGAGGCUGGGGCUGCAGAGAGCCUGCCUGGAGGAGAGACUCAAACUGACGGAGACACACAGGAGAGAGGACGUGGAGCAGUAUAAGGAGACAGUGGACAUGCUGGAGGAGACUAGCAGAGAGCAGAAGAUGGAGCUACAAAUUCAGAAGAGGAAAACCAAGGAGAUGGAGGAACUGAGAGACAGUCUUACGAAAGAAGUCUACCUGUACAGAGGCAUCGUCGAGGACCAUAACAAGAAUGAUCUAACCAGUGUGAGGGAGGAAACAUGACCACUGGGACUAAUAGAAGUCAAAUAUAAUAUGACUGUACAUAUCAUUAAGAACACCUUCCUAUUAUUGCUUUGCAGUUCUUGACACAAACCAGUGCGCCUGGCACCUACUACCACACUCUGUUCAAAGGCAGUUACACAUGUUGCCUUGUCCAUUCACCCUCUGAGUGACACACAUCCAUGUCUCAAUUGUCUCAAGGCUUAAAACUCCUUCUUUAACCUAUCUCCUCCCCUUUCAUCUACAUGUCUCCUCCCCUUUCAUCUACAUGUCUCCACCCCUUGCAUCUACAUGUCUCCUCCCCUUUCAUCUGUAUGUCUCCCCCCCCCCCCAUCUACAUGUCUCCUCCCCUUUCAUCUACAUGUCUCCUCCCCUUUCAUCUACAUGUCUCCUCCCCUUUCAUCUACACUGAUUGAAGUGGAUUUAACAGGUGACAUCAAUAAGGGAUCAUAGCUUUCACCUGGAUUCACCUGGUCAGUCUAUGUCAUGGAAAGAGCAGGUGUUCUUAAUGUUUUGUCCACUCAGUGUACGUCAGUUUUAGGUAACGAGACGAACUGCCCUUUGUCUGUACACAGUCACUUCUAAUAUAACCUUCUUUACAAGUAGACUUUUCAGAUGCAUUGUGUGUGUAUUAUCUGGAACGAUAAGAGAGAGACAUUGACAAGGGAAAAAGAAAGAUGGCUGUUUCGUACACUGACAGCUGAGUUACCAAUCAGGUUUGGAAAGCGGUCUCUUAAUUAAAACACCAAAAUCUCAACAACAUCAUUAUCAUUCUAUAUUUAGACAUUGUUAAACAUCUGUAGAGCAGAAGGUUCUGGAACAGUCUGAAGAUAGAUGUGAUUUUUGUAUUCUUUAUAGAGAGCAUUGCGGUCAUGAAUAAUACAAAUAAAAGGGUGUUGUGUUCUUUUAAA